AUGACCUUUGAGAAACAGAAGGGAAAGCAAAGUUCCUUUUCGCUUCUUUCUACUCAGUUUUAUUUAAUAUUUUUAUGUUUGCUAAACAGAGUUAACGCUGUUGGAUUGAGUAACGAUACAGCUGCUGGUUGUCUGCCAAGUGUUAAUGUUCUAGCUACUAAAUAUCCUGGUUUUAAUAUUGAAUUUUAUCAUUAUAAUUUCCUCUCCUAUAAUGAUACAAUAGAUGAAGGUAUGCCUGAUUUCAAUACUUAUCAAUCUGAUGCCUAUGUUGCUGGUGGCUAUGCUGACCAAGGUUCAUUUGGUUCAACAUCUGGUGUCACCAAUUUAACUUACAGCUACUUUCCUUCCGGUGAUUUAUACGCAAUUCAUUAUGGUAAGUUGCCAUCAAACUACGACUAUGACGAAACUUUUACUUUGACCAACUUCACCUAUAUUGCUACAGGGUAUUUUGUUCCUCCAUCAUCUGGUACUUAUACAUUCUAUUUAAAAUACAUCGAUGAUUUAGGUGUCUUAUCCAUAGGUGCUAAUUCCGCUUUCAAAUGUUGUUUAGCAGAUUCAUCAGGUACUGAUGGAACAUACCAAAUUAGAUCUAUUUGGACUAGCGAAGGUCCAAGUGGAACGAAUCAAAUAGCAAUUGAUAUGACAGAAGGUGUUUACUAUCCAAUUAGAGUUCUACAUACUAAUCGUCAAGCCUUAGGAGGUAUUCAGUUUGGUUAUAUGGAUCCUAAUGGAGUUUAUACCGAUGAUUUUUCAAGCGUCAUAUAUAAUUUAGGUGAUACUGACAGCAGUUGUGAUGCGCCAGGUGGAGCCACUACUACUUACACACCAUGGACUGGCACAUAUACCUCCACUAUUGGUACUACCAUAUAUACCACUACCGGAAGUGACAAUAUAAAGACUACUUCCACUAUUUUUACUGUCGAAACCCCAGAAUUUGAAGGUACUACCACCACCUACACACCAUGGACUGGUACAUACACAUCCACUAUUGGCACUAGUGUUACCACCAGUGUUGGAUCAGAUGGUAUUACAACCACCUCUACUAUCUACACAGUUGAGACUCCAGAAGUUGAAGGCACUACCACCACUUACACACCAUGGACUGGUACAUAUACUUCCACUAUUGGCACUAGUGUUACCACCAGUGUUGGAUCAGAUGGUAUUACAACCACCUCUACUAUCUACACAGUUGAGACUCCAGAAGUUGAAGGUACUACUACCACCUACACACCAUGGACUGGUACAUACACAUCCACUAUUGGCACUAGUGUUACCACCAGUGUUGGAUCAGAUGGUAUUCCAACUACCUCUACUAUCUACACAGUUGAAACUCCAGAAGUUGAAGGCACUACUACCACUUACACACCAUGGACUGGUACAUACACAUCCACUAUUGGUACUAGUGUAACUACUAGUAUUGGAUCAGAUGGUAUUCCAACUACCUCUACUAUCUACACAGUUGAGACUCCAGAAGUUGAAGGUACUACUACCACCUACACACCAUGGACUGGUACAUACACAUCCACUAUUGGCACUAGUGUAACUACUAGUAUUGGAUCCGAUGGUAUUCCAACUACCUCUACUAUCUACACAGUUGAGACUCCAGAAGUUGAAGGCACUACCACCACCUACACACCAUGGACUGGUACAUACACAUCCACUAUUGGCACUAGUGUAACUACUAGUAUUGGAUCCGAUGGUAUUCCAACUACCUCUACUAUCUACACAGUUGAGACUCCAGAAGUUGAAGGUACUACUACCACUUACACACCAUGGACUGGUACAUACACAUCCACUAUUGGCACUAGUGUUACCACCAGUGUUGGAUCAGAUGGUAUUCCAACUACCUCUACUAUCUACACAGUUGAGACUCCAGAAGUUGAAGGCACUACCACCACCUACACACCAUGGACUGGUACAUACACAUCCACUAUUGGUACUAGUGUAACUACUAGUGUUGGAUCCGAUGGUAUUCCAACCACCUCUACUAUCUACACAGUUGAAACUCCAGAAGUUGAAGGUACUACUACCACUUACACACCAUGGACUGGUACAUACACAUCCACUAUUGGUACUAGUGUAACUACUAGUAUUGGAUCAGAUGGUAUUCCAACUACCUCUACUAUCUACACAGUUGAGACUCCAGAAGUUGAAGGCACUACCACCACCUACACACCAUGGACUGGUACAUACACAUCCACUAUUGGCACUAGUGUAACUACUAGUAUUGGAUCCGAUGGUAUUCCAACUACCUCUACUAUCUACACAGUUGAGACUCCAGAAGUUGAAGGUACUACUACCACCUACACACCAUGGACUGGUACAUACACAUCCACUAUUGGCACUAGUGUUACCACCAGUAUUGGAUCCGAUGGUAUUCCAACUACCUCUACUAUCUACACAGUUGAGACUCCAGAAGUUGAAGGUACUACUACCACCUACACACCAUGGACUGGCACAUAUACUUCCACUAUUGGCACUAGUGUUACCACCAGUGUUGGAUCAGAUGGUAUUCCAACUACCUCUACUAUCUACACAGUUGAGACUCCAGAAGUUGAAGGCACUACUACCACCUACACACCAUGGACUGGUACAUACACUUCAACUGUUGGUACUACUGUAGUUACCACAACCGGUACUGAUGGUAAGCCAACCACCUCUACUACCUACACAGUUGAGACUCCAGAAACCAACGGUGUUACAACUACUUACACACCAUGGACUGGUACAUUUACUUCGACUAUUGGUACUACUGUAGUUACCACAACCGGUACUGAUGGUAAGCCAACCACCUCUACUACCUACACAGUUGAGACUCCAGAAACCAACGGUGUUACUACCACUUACACACCAUGGACUGGUACAUACACUUCGACUGUUGGUACUACUGUAGUUACCACAACCGGUACUGAUGGUAAGCCAACCACCUCUACUACCUACACAGUUGAGACUCCAGAAACCAACGGUGUUACUACCACUUACACACCAUGGACUGGUACAUUUACUUCGACUAUUGGUACUACUGUAGUUACCACAACCGGUACUGAUGGUAAGCCAACCACCUCUACUACCUACACAGUUGAGACUCCAGAAACCAACGGUGUUACUACCACUUACACACCAUGGACUGGUACAUACACUUCAACUGUUGGUACUACUGUAGUUACCACAACCGGUACUGAUGGUAAGCCAACCACCUCUACUACCUACACAGUUGAGACUCCAGAAACCAACGGUGUUACUACCACUUACACACCAUGGACUGGUACAUUUACUUCGACUAUUGGUACUACUGUAGUUACCACAACCGGUACUGAUGGUAAGCCAACCACCUCUACUACCUACACAGUUGAGACUCCAGAAACCAACGGUGUUACUACCACUUACACACCAUGGACUGGUACAUUUACUUCGACUAUUGGUACUACUGUAGUUACCACAACCGGUACUGAUGGUAAGCCAACCACCUCUACUACCUACACAGUUGAGACUCCAGAAACCAACGGUGUUACUACCACUUACACACCAUGGACUGGUACAUACACUUCAACUGUUGGUACUACUGUAGUUACCACAACCGGUACUGAUGGUAAGCCAACCACCUCUACUACCUACACAGUUGAGACUCCAGAAACCAACGGUGUUACUACCACUUACACACCAUGGACUGGUACAUUUACUUCGACUAUUGGUACUACUGUAGUUACCACAACCGGUACUGAUGGUAAGCCAACCACCUCUACUACCUACACAGUUGAGACUCCAGAAACCAACGGUGUUACUACCACUUACACACCAUGGACUGGUACAUUUACUUCGACUAUUGGUACUACUGUAGUUACCACAACCGGUACUGAUGGUAAGCCAACCACCUCUACUACCUACACAGUUGAGACUCCAGAAACCAACGGUGUUACUACCACUUACACACCAUGGACUGGUACAUUUACUUCGACUAUUGGUACUACUGUAGUUACCACAACCGGUACUGAUGGUAAGCCAACCACUUCUACCACCUACACAGUUGAGACUCCAGAAACUAACGAUGUUACUACCACUUACACACCAUGGACUGGUACAUACACAUCCACUAUUGGUACUACUGUAGUUACCACAACCGGUACUGAUGGUAAGCCAACCACCUCUACUACCUACACAGUUGAGACUCCAGGAUUUGGUUAUUUCAAUACCACUAGCUCUAAUUCAUCACCAUUGACUUCUAUUCCAGGUACUACUAACACCGAGCCAUUUACAAACCCAAGCAAAGAUAUCUCCACUUCAGAAACCUUUACUAAUCCAGCUCCAGGUACUACCUUCACUUCUGAAACUGUUUCUCCAGUUAAUCCAACUACUGAAACACCUGUAUUGCCUUCUAGCGUUACAAGAACUACUGUGAUUGUCACAUCUGGCAGAACUAUAACCUCGACUAUCGUCACAUGCGAUGCUACUACCACCACUGUUCCAAACAACAACAACAAUAAUAAUAAUGGUGGUUCUAACAAUUCCGGUUCCGAAGUUUAUUCUGUUAGUUCUGAGACUUCCAAUACACCAGUUACUGUUACUAAGACUAGUGUGUUUACCACAUCUGGUAGUACCAUUACUGCUACUAUCACAUCAACUAUUGUUCCAAACAACAACAACAACAACGGUGGAUCUGGUAGUUCCGAAACUGCCAAUACACCAGUUACUGUUACUAAGACUAGUGUAUUCACUACAUCUGGUAGUACCAUUACUGCUACUAUCACUUCUACUAUUGUUCCAAAUAACAAUAACAAUAACGGUGGAUCUGGUAGUUCCGAAACUGCUACUACACCAGUUACUGUUACUAAGACUAGUGUGUACACUACUUCAGGUAGCACUAUCACAUCUGUUAUUACAUCCACUAUUGUUCCAAACAAUAAUAAUGAGAACGGAUCAGGUUCUCCAGGCAAUGCUAGUGAAUAUGUCGAGACUAUUUCUUCUGGUUCUGUUUAUACCACUGUUACCAAGAGUGCCAGUGGCAACUCCGGUAAUUCCAACAAUGUUGUUACUAAGACCACAUCCGGUGGAAAAGUUAUUACCACCACUGUUCAAUCAGAAACUGUUUCUAGCACAGCUGGUAUUGAAGUUCAAAGUAUUCAAUCACAACCAGCAUCUAGUGGAUUAAUUUCUAUUUACACUGCAGGUGCUGUUUCAAACAGAAUAUCUACUUUCAAGAUGUUCUUUACUUUAUUUGUUUUGUUUUUCAAUUUAUUCUAA